AUGGAGUCCACAGGCAAGCCGAACCUGAGCGACGCACAAAAUCUCGACCGCUCGAAUGAUUUAUACAUUAAGAGAACGAUUCACGAAUUGUUUUCGUUGAAGGGUCGUGUCACCGUCAUUACGGGAGGUGCCCGGGGAAUUGGGCUCGCACUUGCUUUCGCGGUUGCCGAAGCUGGCAGCGAUGUUGCUAUUUUGGACAUCCUAGACGAGCCACAUGAGCAUUUUGCACUUCUUCAAAGAGGUUACGGAGUAAAAGCUAAAUUCUACAAGACUGACAUCACCAAGUAUGAUGUCCUUAAAGCAUCUUUCGAGGCCGUCGUGAAAGAUUUUGGGCGCAUUGACGGUUUGAUAACCGCAGCUGGAAUAUGUCCCGAUCAGCCGUUUCUCGAGCGCAGCCUCGAGGCAGUCCAGCGCACUUUCAGUAUCAACGUAUUUGGGAGCUACUUUGCGGCGCAACUUGCUGCUGAGCAAAUGGUGAAGCAGCAGGCGGACGACAACCAUGCCCAGGGCGGGUCUAUCCUCAUGAUCGCCUCAAUCACGGCAUAUCAAGCGAGCAAGAUGCAAUACCUCAGCGACUAUUGCUCGAGCAAGGGGGCUAUACUAUCCCUAGUGCGAGAAUUGGGCGUUGAACUUGCAGAGAAACGCAUCCGAGUGAACUCGAUAUCUCCAGGGUACAUGAUGACAGACAUGACCUUAUCGAUAUCUGACACACGCCCGGCGCUGGCUCAGGUCUUUGUGACCGAGCCACCAAUGCGUCGCAUGGGAGAUAGGAGCGAUUUGAAGGGUGCUGCAGUGUACCUGUUGAGUGAUGCUAGCGGUUACGUUACAGGAGAAGAUUUAUUGAUUACAGGCGGGAUGCACGCUGGCAGAACGCAUUUGAAAUAG